UUGAGAUCUCAAGAUUUUAGGUUUUUCUUGUGAUGUUUUAUGUCUUUUAAACUCAAAUGAGUAUACUCCCGAAAAACAAGACAUUCUCCUCCAUACUGGGAUUAUGUUAAUUGUGGAUAAGGCUGAAUUUGAACUUAAAACCUGGACAUUGACCACCUGGUAGCCCUGCUUGCUAGCUACCACCUGGAUGCCCUGCUAGUAGCCUGCUACAGGUAGCCCUGCUUGUUAGCCUGCUGCAGCUAGCCCUGCUGCUAGUCACCACCUGCAUGACCUAUUGCUAGCCUGCUGCUGGUGGCCCUGUUGCUAGCCUGCUGUCAGUAGCCUUGCUUCUAGCCACCACCUGGUAGCCCUGCUUACUAGCCGCCUCCUGGAUGCCCUGCUUCUACCCUGCUACUGGUAGCCCUGCUGCUAGCCUGCUGUCGGUAGCCCCUGCUUGCUAGCCACCACCUAGAUGCCCUGCUGCUAGCCUGUUGCUGGUAGCCCUGCUUGCUAGCCACCUGCUGGAUGCCCUGCUGCUGCCCUGCUACUUGUAGCUCUGCUGCUAGCCUGCUGUCGGUAGCCCUGCUUCUUAGCCUGCUGCUGAUAGCCCUGCUUGCUAGCCACCACCUGGAUGCCCUGCUGAUAGCCUGUUGCUGGUUGCCCUGCUUGCUAGCCUCCACCUGGAUGUCCUGCUGCUAGCCUGCUGCUAGUACCUCUUCUUGCUAGCCUCCUGAUGGUAGCCCCCGCUUGCAAGCCACCACCUGGAUGCCCUGCUGCAAGCCCUACUUGGUAGCCACCACCUGGAUGCCCUGCUGCUAGCUGCCCUUACUAGCUACCACCUGGAUGUCCUGCUUCUAGCCCCACUUGCUAGCCACCUCCCGGAUGCCCUGCUGCUAGCCCCACUUGCUAGCCACCACCUGGAUGCUCUGCUGCUAGCCCCACUAGCUAGCCACCACCUGGAUGCCCUGCUGCUAGCCUGCUACUGAUAGCCCUACUCCUAGCCUGCUGCUAUUAGCCCUGCUUGCUAGCUAUCACCUGGAAGCCUCUCUGCUAGCCUCCAUCCUGUAGCCCUGACUUUUUUUCUCCAAGCUACUGUUCACCUCUGUUAAGGCUGUCUUCAACUAAACCUGUCCAUCAAAGCAAAGAUGGAGGAGUUGCGUCCUCUGAUCCCGGUCCUGGAGACCUACAAGGCGGAUGCCCUGCUGGUCCGACAGUUUAAGGAGGAGGCAGCGAAUGUAACAGAGCUGCUGGGUUCGCUGCAGGAACAGCUGGGAGGUCUGGACUACCAGGAGCUCCACAGCCGAGUGAUGAGCCUGGAGGACCGGUUGAGGUCCUGUAUGCAGAGGCUGGCCUGUGGGAAGCUGACAGGAAUCUCUGAGCCUAUCACCAUCAAGACGUCAGGGUCGAGGUUUGGAUCGUGGAUGACUGACCCAGUCGCUCCAGCUGGAGACAACAGAGUGUGGUACAUGGAUGGUUACCAUAAUAACCGCUUUGUUAGAGAGUAUCAGUCAAUGGAUGACUUCAUGACAACAGAUAACUUCACCUCUCACCGCCUGCCUCACCCCUGGUCCGGCACUGGUCAGGUAGUCUAUAAUGGAUCCAUUUACUUCAACAAAUUUCAGAGUCACACCAUCAUCAAGUUCGACUUCAGCACGUCGCUCAUCAGCCGCUCAAGACAGCUCGACUUCGCUGGCUAUAACAACAUGUACCAUUACUCCUGGGGGGGGCACUCAGACAUCGACCUCAUGGUUGAUGAGGGGGGGCUUUGGGCUGUCUACGCCACUAAUCAGAACGCUGGAAACAUCGUUCUCAGCCAGUUAAACCCAAAUACUCUGCAGAUCAUCCGCAGCUGGACCACCAACCACCCAAAACGCAGUGCCGGCGAGGCCUUCAUGAUCUGUGGAACACUGUACGUUACGAAUGGAUACUCUGGAGGGACCAAAGUGUACUACGCAUACUCCACCAAUUCAUCGACCUACGAGUAUAUCGAUAUUCCUCUGACUAAUAAAUACAGCCACCUGUCUAUGCUCGACUAUAAUCCCAGAGACAGAGCUCUGUACGCCUGGAACAACGGCCACCAAGUCCUUUAUAACGUCACACUCUACCACAUCAUACAGUAAGACUAAAAGUACCAGUCCUUUAUAACGUCACACUCUACCACAUCGUACAGUAAGACUAAAAGUACCGGUCCUUUAUAACGUCACACUCUAGCACAUCGUACAGUCAGACUAAAGGUACCGGUCCUUUAUAACGUCACACUCUAGCACAUCGUACAGUCAGACUAAAAGUACCGGUCCUUUAUAACGUCACACUCUCGCACAUCGUACAGUGAGACUAAAGGUACCGGUCCUUUAUAAGGUCACACUCUACCACAUCGUACAGUCAGACUAAAGGUACCGGUCCUUUAUAACGUCACACUCUACCACAUCGUACAGUCAGACUAAAAGUACCGGUCCUUUAUAACGUCACACUCUAGCACAUCGUACAGUCAGACUAAAGGUACCGGUCCUUUAUAACGUCACACUCUACCACAUCGUACAGUCAGACUAAAAGUACCGGUCCUUUAUAACGUCACACUCUACCACAUCAUACUGUCAGACUAAAAGUACCGGUCCUUUAUAACGUCACACUCUAGCACAUCGUACAGUCAGACUAAAAGUACCGGUCCUUUAUAACGUCACACUCUACCACAUCGUACAGUGAGACUAAAGGUACCGGUCCUUUAUAACGUCACACUCUACCACGUCAUACAGUCAGACUAAAAGUACCGGUCCUUUAUAACGUCACACUCUAGCACAUCGUACAGUCAGACUAAAGGUACCGGUCCUUUAUAACGUCACACUCUACCACAUCAUACUGUCAGACUAAAGGUACCGGUCCUUUAUAACGUCACACUCUACCACAUCGUACAGUCAGACUAAAGGUACCGGCCCUUUAUAACGUCACACUCUACCACAUCGUACAGUCAGACUAAAGGUACCGGUCCUUUAUAACGUCACACUCUAGCACAUCGUAAAGUAAGACUAAAGGUACCGGUCCUUUAUAACGUCACACUCUAGCACAUCGUACAGUAACACUGAAGAAUACAGUAAUAGUAAAGAAUAAAUACAUCGUUUAGAUUGAUCCUUGUGGUUUCUGAAUUUGUACAAAAUCAGAGCAGCAGACGGUUCCUGUAUUUUCCUUCAGGACAGUGAGGGCUAUAUUAGCCUAGCUUAGCACAAAGAUCAAAAGCAAAUCCACUUUCUAUGAAGAGGUUCUGUCUGACUGACUGACGUGUUGUCAGCUAACUAGUCAGCAGCCUGUCCUGUAGUCAGCUAGUUCAUUUAACAGUACAGUUAGAACACAGUUCAAACCACGCACCCCACCAUGAGUUCAGGACUUUACUGAAGGUGCAUUCAGCUGGUGCACUCCGCGGUUGUUGUUCAACACGUAGCUCCAACCCUAGUUGCUGCUAAAACCACAAUGUCUCCUUUUUAAAUGUCCUUUUCUACACCUGUUCAGUUACCAACAUACACCACGUAAUAACAUGGAAAUCAGACAGACUAUUCUUCUGAUGCAGCGAGGCUAGCAGUGUUUGUGUUAAGCUAGGCUAAACAUGUCCUGGAUCUCUCCGUGUUGGAGCAUUUCCCAAAGUAUUGGACUGUUAACUUCGAUCUUUAUAUUUAUUUAAUGAAAGUGCUCAAAGUGACAUUUCAUCCACCUGUUGUUCUUAGGUGACCAAAGUAUUCAACACAAAUGCACUUGAAAUGUAAAUAAUACACAGAAACAACAAUGAAAGGAAACUUUCACAAUAAGAGACACUGAAAUGUUUUAAUUAUUUGAUGGUGGACACUGAAGAAUGGUACACAUUUUUAAGAAGAGAUUCGUUUUUCUGUGGGUGAUGUUUUCUGACUAUGAAAUCAGAUGUACUGUUCUUACUCUUCAGUAAUAAUAAUAAUAAUAAUACUAAUACUAAUAAUGUCUUUUCUUGCUGUCAUGUAUUAUACGGCGAUACAAAACAUUUACUACAAUCUCUUUUUCACUAAUUCCCCAGUUUUUAAAUCGGUUGUCAAAGGUUUAGCAUGACUACCCCAACAUCUUUCACGAGACAACCCCACACUCUAAGCUUUCUGGGAGUCCUUGGCGACCUCUGUCACACAUCUCAGCUGGUUGCUGUCAGGGUGAAAGUAAACCUUUCUGAAUACUGAAGUCCUGUCAGAUCACUGAGCUGAAGGCCCAACAUAAACUCUUUAGACUCUGCUGUGUAUGUUGGUGAGUUUGAUGUUGAUUUUGUUAGGUGUCCUGACAGUUAAUUACCAACUACAUCUGGAAGUAAUUUUUCAUGGCUCUCAGUUCUUCUGGUUUGCUGGUAUGUUCAUGCUGAAGUAGGAGUCCUUAAUACCAAGCAGCCUCAGAAACCCUGCAUCUUCAGCUCAGGAGCCUCCAUCACCACCAGUGUCUACCAGCAGGACAGUGUCUGCCCACCGGCAGGUCGUGAGUCUACUGUCAUUGUUUUUUACAAACCUCUUUAGUACUUAAGUGACAACACGAAACACUAUACAAUAGCAUAGGAAUUCACUGAGUGUAUUGUAGUUCAUUUACAAUUAACUUAAAUUUUCUAUUGAUAAUUCUUUGUUUUGUAUUUCAACAGAUCUGUACUCUAUUUGACGUUGUAGUUUUUCAUGACCUCUACAAUGGAGUAUUGAAGUGUUAUGAACUGAUGGAAACAGCAGUGAUGGUACAAACAGCAUUAUUUGACAGACUGCAUGUAAAAUGUAAAAGGAUUACUCAGUUUUGGUAACCACUAGCCUUAACAGCUGAUGUGUUUUAGAUUGCAUCACUCAACCAUGAAAGUUUUUGCUUGUUUUUGUUAACGUAAAAUAAAG